UCGCUGCGCGUCCUUCGACCCGACGUCCUCUGCGGCAGCACGCUCAGACGCUCAGUGGGCGGAGUCACUAGGUGGCUUUAUAUAGGCUGCUCGGCCGCCUGGCCGGCCUCUAUCGGCGGCGUGUGACGGCAAGAUGUCUCACCGGAAAUUCUCUGCCCCGAGGCAUGGGUCAUUGGGCUUCUUGCCUCGGAAGCGCAGCAGCCGGCAUCGUGGGAAGGUGAAGAGCUUCCCCAAGGACGAUCCUUCCAAGCCUGUUCAUCUCACAGCCUUUCUAGGCUACAAGGCUGGCAUGACCCACAUCGUCCGGGAAGUUGACAGGCCAGGAUCCAAGGUGAACAAGAAAGAAGUUGUGGAGGCUGUAACCAUUGUGGAAACACCACCCAUGGUAGUUGUGGGCAUUGUGGGAUAUGUUGAAACCCCACGAGGUCUCCGCACCUUCAAGACAGUAUUUGCUGAGCACAUCAGUGACGAGUGUAAGAGGCGUUUCUACAAGAACUGGCACAAAUCUAAGAAGAAGGCCUUCACCAAAUACUGUAAGAAAUGGCAGGAUGACAUGGGCAAGAAACAGCUGGAGAAGGACUUCAACAGCAUGAAGAAGUACUGCCAAGUCAUCCGCAUAAUUGCUCACACUCAGAUGCGGCUGCUUCCUUUGCGCCAGAAGAAGGCACAUUUGAUGGAGAUCCAGGUGAACGGGGGCACCGUGGCUGAGAAGCUAGACUGGGCCCGAGAGAGGUUGGAGCAGCAGGUUCCUGUGAACCAGGUGUUUGGACAGGAUGAGAUGAUUGAUGUCAUCGGGGUGACAAAAGGCAAAGGCUACAAAGGGGUGACUAGUCGUUGGCAUACAAAGAAACUGCCCCGCAAGACCCAUCGAGGGCUGCGCAAAGUUGCCUGUAUUGGAGCCUGGCACCCUGCCCGUGUGGCUUUCUCUGUGGCUCGAGCUGGGCAGAAAGGCUACCAUCACCGAACGGAGAUUAACAAAAAGAUUUACAAGAUUGGUCAAGGCUACCUCAUCAAGGAUGGUAAGCUGAUUAAGAACAAUGCAUCCACUGACUAUGACCUGUCUGACAAGAGCAUCAACCCACUGGGUGGCUUUGUCCAUUAUGGUGAGGUGACCAAUGACUUUGUCAUGCUCAAAGGCUGUGUGGUGGGAACCAAGAAGCGAGUGCUCACUCUCCGCAAGUCCUUGCUGGUACAGACCAAACGACGGGCUCUAGAGAAGAUUGACCUGAAAUUCAUUGACACCACCUCCAAGUUUGGUCAUGGUCGUUUCCAGACCAUGGAGGAGAAGAAAGCAUUCAUGGGACCACUCAAGAAAGACCGCAUUGCCAAAGAAGAAGGUGCUUAAGACCAGAAUCACCUUGUGCAGCUGGUGGGGUCUCAAUAAAUAUUUUUCUGGUGA